AUGCCGCACCGAAAUACAUACUCAUUUCCAAGGCAACUGUCUGAUUGUGAAUUUGAUUCCUCAUCAUCCAAGUUGUUACAGGAUCAAGAGACGACAGCAGCGCAUUCUGAUCUGUCCUUACAAAGGGAGCAGGAUUGGAGUAGUUAUGCAAUUAAUUCUCAGCUUACACUCUUGACGCUACUCAGUGGUAGUAGGACUAGUAGUAGUUCUGAGCUACCAGUGGCGUUGACGACGACGACGACAUCUCGCAAGGACUACGGUUAUGAAGAUCAAGUGCAACUGCGUAGUUUGGACAGUGGUAGUAGUUAUGCUGGAAGUUUGUUCUCCGGGACGACAUUAGAUGCUAAUUUGUCGACCAGUGUUUUGGACACGCGUUCCACAAUAGUGGGAGAGAACGAGGUGGAUGAAGGACUGAUGGUCGAGAGUUUUGCACAGAAGUCCCUACAGAGUUACUGUUUGCAAAUGGGUUUCGCGAGGCGGCUGGUGGAACAAGCCUCCUUAGAUGGUGAAUCUAUUAUUUCGCGAGAUAUAUAUGGAAUAGGGGUUCUUGGAAGGGUAUCAUCUGACGCAGAGACAGUCUCUUAUAAACUCUGGGUUAGUGGCUGCUUGUCAUACUCAGAUAGGAUCUCAGACGGAUUCUAUAAUAUUCUUGGAAUCAAUCCACGUCUGUGGGAGAUAUGUAAUAGCUUUGAGGAUGGUAGACGAUUGCCUUCUCUAUUGGCACUUAAAGCUAUUGAACCCAAUGAUGAAUCAGUGGAAGUCGUGGUUUUUGAUAGGCGUCGAGAUUUACAUAUCAGGGAACUUGAAGAUAAAGCAGAAGAACUGUAUUCUUCUUCAGAAAGUUACUCUGCAUUGGCUGAGAAAUUGGGAAAUCUUGUAGCUAUGCACUUGGGGGGAACAUUUCCGGUGGAACAAGGUGAUCUCAAAUGUAGAUGGAGGUUGGUUACCAGAGGACUGAGGGAGCUACAUAAGAGUAGUGUGCUGCCGAUUGGUUGUCUUACCAUGGGAUUGUGUAGGCACCGAGCUAUUCUUUUCAAGAAACUGGCAGAUUAUGUAGGUUUACCAUGUAGAAUAGCUCGAGGUUGCAGGUACUGUGCUGAAGACCAUCAGUCUUCUUGUCUUAUUAAAAUUGAGGACAUGGGGACGCAUCCAAGGGAGUACGUAGUUGAUCUAGUUGGGAAACCUGGAAGCAUCUAUUUUCCGAAUUCUUCUAUUAACGGAGCAGCUUGUUCAGUGCCUUCACCAUUUCGUAUUUCGAAUCUUAUAGAAUUUGAAGACACCUAUGUGGCCAGUGCAUCAUACUGCCAAACUUUGAAUUCAAUGAACAACUCUGUUCCUCAAAAUCACUCAGGUACUUCAUAUUCUAGUCUACAUUUUUCAUUCAAUGAUUUCUGCACAAUGACAAAUGUUCUCAUUGAACCAAAUGAUCUGAAUGGGGAGGAGUUCAGGCCUUCUAGAUUUCUGUUGAAUCCAAACAAAGCUGACCCUUCAAAAGAUGGAUGCUCAGGGCCUGGUGGAGAAACCAUAACUUCACAAUAUGAUUACAGAGCGGAAACUGUCUCAGCUGGAUGUUCAUUAAUAGAUACUAUUUUAACCAUUCCAUCAAAUUCAGCUAGUCCUGGCGGACCUGUACCAAGAUACUUAAACAUUGAGCCUUCUCUUGCAAUGGAUUGGCUCGAAAUUUCAUGGGAGGAGUUGCACAUUAAAGAAAGCAUUGGAUCUGGUUCUUUCGGAACAGUUCAUCGGGCUGAGUGGCAUGGAUCGGAUGUCGCUGUCAAGGUGCUAACAAUUCAGGAUUUUCGUGAUGAACAGUUAAAGGAGUUUCUUAGAGAGGUAGCAAUAAUGAAGCGUGUACGUCAUCCAAAUGUGGUGCUCUUCAUGGGUGCUGUUACACAACGUCCACAUCUAUCAAUAGUGACAGAAUAUCUACCUAGGGGAAGUUUAUAUGGCCUUAUUCAUCGUCCUUCUGGUGGAGAGGCAUUGGACCAAAGGAGGAGACUUCGCAUGGCUCUGGAUGUGGCCAAGGGUAUUAACUAUCUCCAUUGCCUUAAACCUCCUAUAGUACACUGGGAUCUCAAAUCUCCAAAUCUACUUGUUGAUAAGAACUGGAGCAUCAAGGUAUGUGAUUUUGGGUUGUCGAGAUUCAAACCAAACACGUUUGUAUCAUCAAAAUCAUUUGCUGGAACGCCGGAGUGGAUGGCUCCUGAGUUCUUACGAGGGGAGCGAUCAAAUGAGAAGUCUGAUGUGUAUAGUUUUGGAGUAAUUUUGUGGGAACUUGUGACUAUGAAACAACCUUGGAGUGAACUUAGUUCAGCUCAGGUAGUUGGGGCUGUUGCAUUCCAGAAUAGAAGGCUAACUGUCCCUCCUAAUACCUCACCCAUAUUGACUUCACUCAUGGAAUCUUGCUGGGACGACGAUGCAAGGAAUAGGCCAUCAUUUGGUAGCAUAGUGGAGACACUAAAGAAACUGCUAAAGUCUCCUUUACAGCUGAUGCAGAUGGGAGUGCCACCAACUCAUUAGAAUCAAUCAAAACCUGG